CCUGCCUUCUGAAGGCAGUGUCUUCAUCUAUCACGGUGAGUCCAGUUCACGGGCAGCCGACAUGACAGUGCCGUGUGUUAAGAGGUACAGCGUCUCAACACUCGUGACGCUAGUGUGUCUGCUAGCAUUUGUUUCGGCAGGCACGCAGGAUAACAUCGAAAAGUGCAAGCGUCAGAUAUUCAGAGAGCAGGUGCUGCCACACAGCGGGGGUAAGAUUCCUGAUGACGCGUUCCGGGCCGACCGGCUGGCCCUCAACAGACUCAACAAAGACGGAAUCUCCGUUCCCGACGGCAUAUUACUGGACGCGCGGCGCCACGAGAAACACCCGAACGUGCGUCACAAUUCAGACCUUGAGAUGUCCGUCAUCAAGCUAGUGCUGACGCCCGACGGGCGGUAUGUACCACCGGAAGGGCGGUACCACUACCAGAACCCGGUAACGGUGGACUCCACCUACGUCAUUCGGCCUCCCAUAGGCUCGUACAAACACGAGCUUGCACCACUGGAGCUACCGGCGAAGCCAGAGCCUGAGAGCAGCCUUCCCCUGUACGUGGAGGACACGGACAGCUACUUCUUCCAGAGCCACCAGAGACUGUUCUCGGAUCAUUUCUACCCGUUUUACACACCGCAGACGCUGACCACAGACCUGGACGCCUUCUUCGAACACUUUUAUAACCAUGGGCGACUGGUAAGGCAAUCUCCAGCCCGAAUCUACCACUCAGAGGGCUCCAAGAUACCGGGCACUGAAGGGAGAGAUUACCCCUCCUACAGCAACAUCCCAGAGACUGGAUUCGCCUGCAGUGAAAUUCGUCAGAAGGACAAAAUGUACGCGGACAAACGGACGAGAUGUCAGGUGUUUCAUUUAUGUCAAAAGGACGGCAGGCGAGAUUCCUUCAUCUGCCCCAAAGGAACUGUGUUCAACCAGGCUCUAAGUCACUGUGACUGGUGGUACAACGUCAAAUGCGGAUGAGAACCAGCGUCUCCACCUGGACUAGCUACAGGCGACGGGGGGCAACCUAACCUCACUUACUUGGCAUCGUAAUUACACUCCAAAAACGAUAAUAUUAAUACAAAAGCAGUUCUACAAAUUUCAGGACACUUACAAAGUUUAAUCUCCUCGUCUUAUUAACUACUAAGUACACUUAACGUUUAAGUGUAUUCUACAGUAGUUUAUUGUGACUACCGGCUGUGACGCGGAAUAAAUUCCUAGGUUUCCGUUUAUUUAUCGGUAUCUGCCCGAAAAUUAAACUUCUUGCUGAUUAUAUUUUCUAUUCAUGGAAUCAGAACCACUUGAGAAUGACACACAGUUCCAGCGACAAUGAUUUCCAAAAGAAAUAAAAUAUAUAUAAACAUUUACACGGAAAAUGGAUUAGUCGUGGUGGACCCGGUGGCCGCCUCUUUCACCGGACUUCAUGUAACUACUAAAACUCUCACAGAUGUCGUCGCUGACAUGUUACGUCACUCCCACAUCACAGCUGGCAGCCACCAGAACUUAAGUGUCACUGACUGUGUAUUACAGUGGCUUGCAAGUGAUUACACAAUAGGACAUUUCAUUUACGUGUGUCUUGGAAACUGUAAAACGCCAUUGUUCGCACAGUGAUUAUCGAAUAUGUAGACUGUCUUAUUCGUGUCUAGAAAAAAGAGGCAAGAAUAUUCGAAAAAAAAACACGGAUAAUCAGUGUUGCAA